AUGCGCAGCGGCGACGUCGUGAUGCGGCUGGCGCGCGGCCGCCGGCACGUGCCGUCCCCGCACGGAGGGAAGGUGUUCGUCACCGACAUGUGCGGCCGCCACCCGUGCCACCUCGUCGACCCGUUCACGGGCGAGCGGACGCCGCUCCCCGACCUGCCCAUCCCGCUCUCCGAGGAGGAGCCGACGCCGGUGCUCGGGACUGACCGGAGCGAGCCCCGGUACCGCCUGUCGACCGACGACGGGUUCGCGUGGGACUGGUCGCCGCACGGCGUCAUGGUUGCGCGCGGCGACACGGUGUUCUUCUGCAAGGCGGGAGGCGACGAGUGGACGCCGGUGCACCGGUCGAGCCACGGCUCGGCCAUGACCGUGAACUACCGCGGCGGCUUCUUCUUCGUGCUCGAGGAGCUGUCGCUGCGCACCGCCGUCAUCGACGCCGAGACCCUGGACCGCUCCGCCGAGAUCGACCCGCCGCCUCGCGCCGGCGGCGUCCACCUGGCGUUCCUCGUGACCUCCACCGACAACGUGCUCCUGCUGCUGAGCCGCGACGGGUACAGGUCGACCUUCACCCACGCGUACCGCGCGCACAGGCCGCGGCAGGACGGGCCCGUCCAGUGGGAGCAGGUGAAGAGCAUCGGCGACCGCGCGGUGUUCGUCGACGGCGCGCACGGCUUCACCGUCCGCGCCGGCGGGCGCGUGAGGAGGAACUGUGUGUACGUGUCCAAGACCGUGGAGCUGGACGACGAUGGCGGCAUGGCGCGCGUCGUCGCCGUGUCUCCGCUGAACGACCUGAGGAAGGUGGCGAUGGCGGAGGGAGGCGAGGCGCUAAGACGCUGCAAGGUAGAGCCGGUGUGGGGAACAUCGCAUUGGAUCAUGUGUAACCAUGGACCGUCGCCAUCGUUAGGGACAAAUAGUAGCAAUCUAGCAUUAUAGAGGACUAACUCUGGAGUAGUUUACAGUGGCCUUUAUUUAGUCAAGCAGUAAUAAUAUCCUAAAAAUAAUACUCCUUCCGAUUCAUUAAUAUGGUGCGUAUAAUUUUUUUUAAAGUCAAAAUUUGACCAUGUUUAAAGUGAAAAAUAUUUAUGUUUAGAAUUCCAAAUGUAUAUCAUCGGUUACAUUGUGAGUUUAAUGUUCAUAUUGUAUAUGUUCGGUAUUGUA